AUAUAAGCUGUGUUGUUGUUGUUAUUGUUGUUGUUGUUUUGCACAAAGUGCACAUUUGCUUUAAACUUUAAUCUAUAAACCAUUACUUGUGUUUAAUGUGUCAUAAAUAACAUAUUUGGAUAAAGCAAGCCACGGUGUGCGUAUAGUUGAGUGUUUAAAUGUGUUAUUUUGGUUAACACGGAUGGUAACAAGUUAUAAAGAUGUGAUUUCCUUUGAACAGGCGGAGAAUGGGACAAUAAAUAAGUUUAAAAUUAUACUAGACAAAAACAACUUCAAGAAAACUGUAUGGCGGAAAUGAAACAAAAUGGCAGUAGUAAAAAGGCACAUAAAUUUUCUUUUGGAGCGGUCAAAGCCUAUUUCAAGCAAGACAAAUCUGCUAAACCAGGGACCACUCACACUGACGAAAAAUACACAAAGAAGAAACUUUUACGUAGAAAAGCUGAAGUACCCGUUAGGGCAUCAAUAAACGAACAUAAUUGGGAGCGAGAAGGAUUAGAUCAAAAUAACCCAAAGGAUCAACCAGAAGCUGGUACAAAAGUUCUGUUUAAAUCGAAAUUGGUGAAUCAACAAGAUUACAGUGACCAAGUAGAUGGUAUAGAUGUUUUGAAUAGAUCUCAAAACGCGCUGGAUUCGCAAUCCCAGAAACUGUAUUUUGGAACGGCGCACCAGAACAAAGAGUUUGAUUUUUCAGAAACCAUCGCAGCGGUAUCAGGCCUCAAUGUACCGGAGCUUGUUCGUAAAGCUGAAGAUGGUGACCUCCUUUUAGAUGAAGAAUGUUUGGGAAAACUGAAAGACCGGUUUCUAUCAAUGCCAAGGUUAUACAAGAGACAAUUUUACCUCUGUGGUGAACGGUAUCUCAUCCCUGAACAAAUGACAAACUGGAGGGAAGAAUGCCAAAAAUCUGGAAAAGAACACUUUAAGCUUCUACCCGGAGAUAAUGUGUUGAACAGUAAAGUUUCUUUAAUACACGGUGAUAUCAUUUCGCUGGAAGUAGAUGCUGUCGUCAAUGCAGUAUCCAAUAUCUUGACAGAAUGGCACAGCGGAGUAUCAAAGGGGAUACAUAGAGCAGCAACAAGUUUGAUAAAUUACGAACUAGAAUCAAUUUCUACUGUGGAUACAGGAGAAGUGGCUGUAACAGCUGGAUAUUUGCUUCCAGCUAAAUAUGUAUUUCAUGCUGUCGGUCCGUCGGCUGGGGAAUUUAAUAUUGAAGAAAUGCUUAGACGUUGCUAUAGAAACUGUUUAAACAAGAUGGUGGAGAUGGAAUUACGUACAUUGGCAUUUUGCUGUAUUUCUACAGGAGCAAAGAAAAUCGACUUAAAUCAUGCCGCAAGGAUUGCAUUGACAACAGUCAAACAAUGGCUACAGGUCAACAUGCAUAAAGUUGAUAAAAUCGUUUUUUGUGUGUACGACAUCGGUAAUUGGGCCUGCUACCAGCGGUUAAUGCCGGAAGUGUUCCUACCUGGAAACGAGGAAAAUUCGCCUGAUUCCACUGGACAGGACAGUUUGAUCCCUGUGGAAAUCCUUAGAAUGGAUAAGCAUUCAAUAGAAUUAUACAAACGAGCAUUAAGUGAGGGCAAAGAAGCUGUUUACAAUAUUCGAGUAAUGGUUGUCGGCCAUUACGGUGUUGGCAAGACGACGCUAACAAAGCGUCUAUUUGAUGAAGAUGUGGAUAUAAACAAACGAGAGAGUACAAAUGGUAUUGAUGUUCACGUGAAAAGAUGUAAAGUGUCCCUGCAAACUGGACAAUGGAACACAAUAGCUAAAGAUCAGAAAGUUGACACAGUCUGUCAUCGGCUGGUUAAUUUGUUGAAAAUGCCACUAAACACGGAUCAGGAAGUUGAUGAAAUGGAUAACAAUAGUACAGAAGGAGACAUUAUUGAAGAGUUUGAUGUUGUAGAUGGGAUUGCAUCAAUGGAGAGCAUCAGUGAAAAUAUGACAGAAAAGAAUAAAGAUCCAGAACCAAAGCCUAAAAUAACUUUGCCACCACUGGAAGUAGAAAACGUCACCGAUGUGAACUUCUCAACACUACAAGACGCCAAAGAAGAAAAUAUACUCUAUCACUUGAAGGACUUGAUAGAAGACGUUCAACAUUCAGGGGCUACAGAUGAUUCCAACAUGGCGGAUGUCUCGAUUUGGGAUUUUGCGGGGCAAUAUGUAUUCUAUGCCACUCACCAGGUGUUCUUGUCAAGGAGAGCGGUGUAUUUGUUAGUCACAGACAUAUCUCAACACGUGGAGGACACAGUAAAAGAUGACGACUGUUUCUUAGAUAGCAAAGGUGUUAAACAUUGGAAAAUUUCAGAAUUUGUUGACUUUUGGUUGAACUCUAUCCAUGAGUUUUGCAGUUCAACGGAAGUUGAUGGUCCACCCGUCGUCCUUGUUGGAACAUUUGCAGACAAAGUUAAACAGGAGUCAAGACAAGAAACUUCUGAUGCAUUCUACUACGCACUGCGAAGUUCCCUUCUUGAUAAGGCCACGAACUGUCACCUGACAGAUAACGAUUUUGUUAUUGACAAUUCUGUAAAAGAUGAUAACAUAGAAUUACUGAAACAGCAUAUUGUAAAGAUAGCAUCCGCUCAACCGCACUGGGGUGAACUUAUACCGGCCAAAUGGAUCACGUUAGAAAACAUCUUGGUCAAAUUAAAAGACGAAGGAUUAAAGGUCAUUUACAAGGACAAGCUACUUGAUCUUAAUAGCACGUUACCUGUACCAAUAGAGACAGAAGCAGAACUGGAAUUGUUCUUGAGAUUCCACCACGAAUCCGGAAAUAUUCUUUAUUACAGUGAUGACAAGUUAAGUGACACAAUUGUCCUCGACCCACAGUGGUUGAUAGACGCCUUCAAGAGCCUAAUCACCGCCAAAAUGUUCUGCUGCAGACAACCGAAUAUAUUCAAGAAAUGGAUUCAGUUUGACCAGUCAGCAAUAUUGACCAGAAAGCUUGUUGAUGCAAUUUGGAAACAAGAUGAAAGUGCUGCAUUUCAAGAAUACGACGAACUAUUACUAGAAUACCUUGAAAAGCUUGGUUUCAUUUCCAAACCUCGGCAACAAUCUGAUGAAAUCGGGGAGAUAAAUUACUAUUUCGCUCCAUGUGUUCUUAAGAUUUCCCCUCCUGAAGAUCUCCUCGUGUGUUCAGACUGUAAACACCGGCGGUCCACCAGUGUCCUUUGUUUCACAACCACAUCUGGAUUCCUACCCACAGCCGUGUUCAACAAACUUCUUGCAGCAUGCAUUGACAAAUGGCCGAUCUCGAAGUUAAACAAAAAGAACUUAGUGUUCUGCGGAUGUGGAGUGUUUGAUCUCGAAGAUAAUCAUAAACUUUAUGUGUAUUUCUUUGACCAUAUCAUUAACAUUUGGAUCACUAAAUACAGCACUACGGACGAAGAGCCGAGCACGUGUUUAUGUAAACACGUGCAUGAAUUCGUUUCAGAAUUUCUACGGAAUAGAAUGCGUAUAACUAGUGGUAUUGAAGUAUUUUUGAGAUGCAAUCAAUUAGAUAUCCACAACAACGACAAUCUUUUUGAAUUAGAAAAUAUGUCUGCAAAACAAGAAGUCGUUUGCAACUCUGAACCUGUGCAUCAUGUGCAUAGAACCAAUGAGCUCAUGAAAUAUUGGCUAUAUUCCGAAUCAGAUCAUCAACUGGAUGAACUUACAGAAAAGGAGUUAAAUCGUAUGGCACUACAUAUCGGGAAAGAAUAUCAGUCUUUAGGUAUAGAACUAGGUCUAUCCAACGCCGAGAUUGAACAUAUCUGUCUGGAUUAUAAAACCACGGUUGAUAGAAUUAGAGGAAUCUUACUAAAAUGGAAGGAUCAGAAUGUAGGGAACGCUACUCUAGAAGUAUUGGUGAAUGCAAUGAACGUUGUUGGCAUAGAUGCAGUAACUGUUAUAGAGAGUACAAAAGAAAAAUAGUUACAAACAUUACAAACUUGAAAAGUUAUGGAGCAAGAGCAAUAAGAAUUUAGUUAUUACCGGACCAUGUUAUGGAUUACAAUAAUUGUUGACCCUCGAAGUUUUGGCAUUCAGCAUUUGAUAAUUCUAGGCUUGGUGGGUUGCCGGCUGAAUUUCCCAGUCCUUACAUGGGCGGCAAUCCACAUAUGUGCUAGUUUUACAGAGCCGGAUCUAAGAUCUGUUUCAAAAAAAAAAAAACAUUUUUAUAAAUAACGGGCAUUUUGAUAAUGAACAUUUACAGUUUAAACUUUUUUGUAUUAUAUUCAAACUAAACAAAUCUCAAUAAACGGGCUUAAUCCCUAAAAUGUUGACAAUUAUUAUAUUAAAAAUACUGUACGUCUUUCAUAUUGAAAGCAAAUUGAAUUUAUUAUUGAGCAUUUUAAUCUAAAUCCAUCAUGAAACUUGUGUCAUGAUAUACAUAAAUGAAAAGCAAGUCUGAUGUGCUCGAAUCUCGUAAAAUACUUAUGAGUCUGUCAUAUGAUAAAGCUUACUAGAUAUGUCGUGGAAGAUCUUAGAUUGUACUCGGGUACCUAUUACAUAUCGCACGAGUGUCACCUGAGGUGCAUCUUUAUCAUUAAAUCUGGAGGGCCCGCUUUAUGGCCAUAACAUUGUCGGUGCAAGUUUAAUCGUUACAUGUAUAUUGACCACAUGUUCGUCAUAAAGAUAUGCCCGAUAUUGCAAUUUUGUUGCUAUUUCUGUAUGUUUCCAGUUUUUGACAAUUUAGAACACUGUUUCUAGAAAGUACAAGUACAUGUACACGUAUGUCUUUCAUUCAAGGUAAGACAACUCUUUUCACAUUAUUUGACACAAAUUUCAUUUGCAUGACACUGCUGUAUUCCAUCAUGAUUGUCGAUUUUUUUUAUUCAAAAUGGUUUGUAAAAAUAAAAGUCCAAAUAAUAUUA